AUGGAAACUAUUGACCAACUUAAGUCUGCUAACAAUACCCUUUUGGACGAACAGACAGCCACCGCAUUAACGGUGGGACGUCUAGAAUAUGAUAAAAGAGAAUUGGUGGAGGAUAGGUUGCAAUGUUUGGCGCAAAUCACCUUUCUUCAAAAACAGAUUGAGGAUCUCAAAAACUCUGAAUCUGAUAUGAGGCUUCAACUUCAGCGUGAAUUAAUUCAUAGAGGGCUUCUUGACGCUGCCUGCAUGCCUCUUAGCGUAGAAGAGGGGCACUCUAGCCAAAGGGGUCGUGCUUUUUCUUCUUUACCCGACAUAAUGGCGUUCACUAUCACUACCGCCGAUGAUGUAAAUUGCGUUAGAAUCAGUCCUUCGGGAAAGCUGCUCUCCUAUGGCGGCCUGGACAGAAAAGUUUGGCUGUGCAGUAUAAGAGGUGAGAAAUACGAUUCGCAAACCUCCUUGGUUGGAUGCAACGCCGGAGUUACCGCAGUGGACUUUGACCAAGAGGAAACUAUGGUCUUAGGUGCUUCCAGUGAUUUCGCGUGUCGCGUUUGGACACUCGCAGAUCGACGUCUCAAGGUCAAUCUAACAGGUCACUCGGAUCGUGUGGUGGCAGCGCGUUUUGUCGAUGGUGGAGAUGCUGUCAGUGGAAUUGUCACGGCUUCCUAUGAUCGUACCAUCAAGCUGUGGAAUGUGGGACGACGUCAGUGCUCACGAACCAUUCUUGUCACUUCCCUAUGCUACGACAUCCUCGCUUGUCCAUCCACGCGUAGCCUCGUCAGUGGGCAUUCAGACAAGAAAAUUCGUAUCUGGGAUCAGGAAUCUGGCCAUCAGAUCAGAGAGACCCCUCUCUCCGGUCGAAUCACUGGCUUAGAUGUCUCAAAUGACGGUACCUAUGUCCUGGCUUGUACGCGAAACGACACUCUGCACAUCGUUGAUCUUCGUCAAAAUAGCAUCCUGAAAACCUUUCAAGCUGAGGACUUCCAUGUACAUGCAGACUGCGUUCGGCCUUGUUUUUCACCGGAUGGGACAUUCGUCGCAUGUGGAUCGCAGAAUGGCGACAUCUUUGUAUGGAAUACCAACACCGGGAUUGUGGAAAGCAUUCUGCACGGUCAUGAGUGA